AGUAUUGCUUGGGUGCUCCAACUUCCGCUGUGUCAUUUCUUUACAGUUCGUAGAGUUCACGGGUACAAGAGUAGCUAAGGUUCCGGAACGACAUUGUGCUUGAGACCUCCACAUUCCCCUUUGCACUCAGGUGGAUACAGCUGCAAGGGGAAGGAUGGAGUCAAUUUAACGCAAAUAUCUUGGAACCAGUUUGCGCUGUGCAAGACACUCUGGGACUUGUAGUUCCACUCGGAGGAACGGACGCCGGGACUGACAGCUGCCGGAAGUGAGGCUGCGGGGAAUGGCCGCCGCUGCGACCAUGGCGGCAGCCGCCCGAGAGCUGGUUUCGCGGGCUGGGACCUCAGAUAUGGAGGAGGAGGAGGGCCCGCUGGGGGGUGGUCCUGGGCUCCAGGAGCCACUGCAACUUGGGGAGUUGGAUAUCACCUCUGAUGAAUUCAUUCUGGAUGAAGUGGAUGUUCACAUUCAGGCAAAUCUGGAGGAUGAGUUAGUAAAGGAAGCUCUUAAAACGGGUGUGGAUCUCCGUCACUAUUCAAAGCAAGUAGAGCUGGAGCUACAGCAGAUUGAGCAGAAGUCCAUUCGAGAUUAUAUCCAAGAGAGUGAGAACAUAGCAUCUCUGCACAACCAGAUCACAGCCUGUGAUGCUGUCCUGGAGCGCAUGGAGCAGAUGUUGGGAGCUUUUCAGAGUGACCUCAGCUCCAUCAGCUCUGAGAUCAGGACGCUGCAGGAACAGUCAGGAGCCAUGAACAUUCGACUUCGAAAUCGCCAGGCAGUUCGGGGAAAGCUUGGGGAGCUUGUAGAUGGUCUGGUGGUGCCCUCUGCUCUGGUCACGGCAAUUCUAGAGGCUCCAGUGACGGAACCUAGGUUCUUGGAGCAGCUACAGGAGCUGGAUGCUAAGGCAGCUGCAGUCAGAGAGCAGGAGGCUAGAGGCACAGCAGCCUGUGCAGAUGUCAGAGGUGUUCUUGACCGGCUCCGCGUCAAGGCAGUGACAAAAAUCCGAGAGUUCAUCCUCCAGAAGAUUUAUUCCUUCAGAAAACCGAUGACCAACUAUCAGAUCCCCCAGACGGCCCUGCUGAAGUACAGGUUCUUCUAUCAGUUCCUUCUGGGCAAUGAACGAGCAACAGCAAAGGAGAUCAGGGAUGAAUACGUGGAGACACUGAGCAAGAUCUACCUGUCUUACUACCGCUCUUAUCUGGGGCGGCUCAUGAAGGUGCAGUAUGAGGAAGUUGCUGAGAAAGAUGAUCUGAUGGGCGUGGAAGAUACAGCAAAGAAAGGAUUCUUCUCGAAGCCAUCCCUCCGCAGCAGGAACACCAUCUUCACCUUGGGGACCCGCGGCUCCGUCAUUUCCCCCACUGAACUUGAGGCCCCCAUCCUGGUGCCCCACACAGCCCAGCGGGGAGAGCAGAGGUAUCCAUUUGAGGCCCUCUUCCGCAGCCAGCACUAUGCCCUCCUGGACAAUUCCUGCCGUGAAUAUCUUUUCAUCUGUGAAUUUUUUAUGGUGUCUGGCCCAGCUGCUCACGACCUGUUCCAUGCUGUCAUGGGCCGGACGCUCAGCAUGACCCUGAAACACCUGGAGUCCUAUCUGGCUGACUGCUAUGAUGCCAUUGCUGUUUUUCUCUGCAUCCACAUUGUUCUCCGGUUCCGCAACAUUGCAGCAAAGAGAGAUGUUCCCGCCCUGGACAGGUACUGGGAACAGGUACUCGCCUUGCUGUGGCCACGGUUUGAGCUGAUCCUGGAGAUGAAUGUCCAGAGUGUCCGAAGCACUGACCCUCAGCGCCUUGGGGGGUUGGAUACUCGACCCCACUAUAUAACACGUCGUUAUGCAGAGUUCUCCUCUGCUCUUGUCAGCAUCAACCAGACAAUUCCCAAUGAACGGACCAUGCAGCUGCUGGGACAGCUUCAGGUGGAGGUGGAGAAUUUUGUUCUCCGAGUGGCAGCCGAGUUCUCCUCAAGGAAGGAGCAGCUUGUGUUUCUUAUCAACAACUAUGACAUGAUGCUGGGUGUGCUGAUGGAGCGGGCUGCAGACGACAGCAAAGAGGUUGAGAGUUUCCAGCAGUUGCUCAAUGCUCGGACACAGGAAUUCAUUGAAGAGUUGCUUUCUCCCCCUUUUGGGGGUCUGGUGGCAUUUGUGAAAGAGGCUGAGGCUUUGAUUGAGCGUGGGCAGGCUGAGCGACUUCGAGGGGAAGAAGCCCGGGUAACUCAGCUGAUUCGUGGCUUUGGUAGUUCUUGGAAGUCAUCGGUAGAGUCUCUGAGUCAGGACGUAAUGCGGAGUUUCACCAACUUCAGAAAUGGAACCAGUAUCAUCCAGGGAGCAUUGACCCAGCUGAUCCAGCUCUACCAUCGCUUCCACCGGGUGCUGUCCCAGCCUCAGCUGCGAGCCCUCCCUGCCCGGGCUGAGCUCAUCAACAUCCACCACCUUAUGGUGGAACUCAAGAAGCAUAAACCCAACUUCUGAUAUGCUGGGAUCUGCCAUUCCUCCCCAUGGACUUCUGCUCCUCCACCCCACACCCUUCUUCACCUGGUUCCCCUUCCAGUUUUCCACCUUGUCCCCCAGGCCCUUAACUCAGCCUGCAUUCCCAGCAUCCUGCUUCAGCAGGAUAAGCUGGACCCCCUUGGCCUUUUGUCUCCCAGUGUCUUUAGGUUUCCCAAGAUCACUUCCCCACUGAUCUUUAUCAUUUUCCCAAUUUGUCAGCCUUCUCCCCUGUUCCCACACACCCAGGGCUUGUUUCUUCUGUAAAAACCUCGCUGCCUCAGUCUCUGGUUCACUCGACUCUUGUCACCGUGUCCUGAGACAGGAAGCCUCGACUCUUGCAGUUGGUGGCAAGGGGUGACUGCCUCCAAGUUAUUGUUAAUUUUUGCCCCCAAAGUGAUUUCUUUUCUGUAGCUUUUGACCUAAGAUCUCAGCAACUUGAACACUAACUUAUCCCCUCCUGGCUUGAGAAUUACUCCAAGGUCAAUCUGCAGAAAUAAUAAAUAUUUAAUAUGACAACCCU